GAUGUUCGCUAAUCCUCUUCUAUAAUAAGUGGUGGGACUGGCGGGGUGCUACCUAACGAUUUAUAAAUACCUAGCCCAAAUGGGUAAUGUAUCACAGUUCAAGAUUUGCUUCAAUAGUACAGUUUUGUCAAAAGUCCAUCUUCAAAAUGAUGAAAUUGGUUGUCUUUUCUGCCCUUUUGGCCGCCGCAGUUGCCGGACCAGUUGGUGGAGACCCUAAAUCAGCCCAAAUUGUUAAAUCUGAGUCUGAUAUUUCACCGGAAGGAAGUUAUCAAUUUGCAUAUGAAACCGAUAAUGGAAUCUCAGCCCAAGAACAAGGAAGCAUCCAAGUGCAAGGACCCGAACAAGCCAGCAAAUCCGUGAACGGCCAAUUCCAGUUUUUGACCCCCGAGAAUGAGAACAUCCAAAUCAGUUACGUGGCUGACGAAAACGGAUAUCAGCCAAGCGGAAAUGCUCUUCCCACCCCACCCCCAAUUCCAGCGGCUAUCCAGAGAGCUUUGGAAUAUAUCGCGGCCCAUCCUCAGCAGCCCGAAGGACCACAACAGCCUGCAAGAAGGUUCUAAGUUUUAUUUGUGAUUUUGUUUUCUGAAUUUGUACAUAUGCAGAUAUAUUUUAUAUUUAUGUAGAUUUUUUUAUCGAAAAAUAAAUGUGUAAAAAAAUAA